CAGCCAUGUCGUCGUCCACGUCCCCGACGAGCGUGCCUCUGCCGUCCAUCCAGGUCCUCGGCGCCGUCGCCGUCGCCGCCUUCCUCCUCUACCGCCUGCUCAGGAUCGGCAGCCGCGAGAAGUUCCUCCCCCCCGGGCCCCCGACUAUCCCCCUCCUGGGCAACAUCCACAUUUUCCCCACAUCCCUCGCCUAUCACAAAAUGUCAGAGUGGAAUCGCCAAUAUGGCGACAUCUACAGCCUGAAGAUAGGUUCGGGUACGGUCGUCGUCAUCGGCUCCGCGCAGGCGGUCUACGAAGUCUUCGACAAGAACUCCGGCCUCACCGCCGACCGCCCACCCAACCACUUUGUCGACAUCGUGACCGAAGGGUACCACCUCGUCCUCUCGCACUACGGCUCCAUCUGGCGGAACAUGCGCAAGGGCGCGCACGAGAUCCUCACGCUCAAGAGCGCGAUCCACCACCGGCCCAUCCAGGACGCCGAGUCCGUCCAGCUCAUGUACGAGCUCCUCACGCAGCCGGCCAACUUCUUCGACUCCGUGCGCCGCUUCAGCAUGUCCGUCAUCCUCUCCGUCACCUUCGGCAAGCGCGCGCCGCGCAUCACCACCAAGGAGCUCCUCGCCUUCUUCGAGAUGCACCCGCACUGGGAGCGCCUGCUCUUCCCCGGCCAGUACGCGCCCGUCGACUUCCUGCCCUUUUUGAAGUAUGUGCCCGAGCGCUUCGCGGCCUGGAAGAAGGACUGCAAGAUGGUGAAGAAGAUGCAGGAGGAUCUUUACUUUGGACUGAUGGAGGAGACCAAGCACCGCCUCGAGCGCAAGGGCGAGGAGAACGGGUGCUACAUGGAGACCGUCAUCAAGAAGGCCGACGAGUGGGGGUACAACUACCAGAUGGUCGGCCACCUGGGCGGCACGCUCGUCGAGGCCGGCUCGGACACGACCUCGUCCUUCACGCAGACGCUCAUCCUCGCGCUCACCGCGUUCCCCGACGUGCAGAAGAAGGCGCACGCGGAGCUCGACCGCGUCGUCGGCCAGGACCGCAUGCCCACGUACGAGGACUACGAGCACCUGCCCUACAUCCGCGCGAUCGUCAACGAGGUGCACCGCUUCCGCCCCAACGCCCCGCUCAUCCCGCGCCGCGCGCAGGACGACGUCUUCUACAAGGGCUACCGCAUCCCCAAGGGCGCGACGAUCGUCGAGAACCUCUACGGCCUCUUCCACGACCCCGAGGUGUACGACGACCCCGAGCGCUUCUGGCCCGACCGCUUCAUCCUCUCCGAGUUCGGCACCAAGAAGGCGCUGGAGAAGGACCCCGGGCGGCGCAACAACCUCGCGUUCGGCUCCGGGCGCCGCAUCUGCGCGGGCUACCACGUCGGGAGCUACUCGACCGCGAUCAACACGAUGAACCUGCUCUGGAGCUUCGACUUCCUGCCCGCGAAGGACGCGCACGGCGUCGAGCGCUACCCGGACAUUUUCAACUACGCCGAGGCGCUCGCGUCGUUCCCCAACCCGUUCGAGUGCGUGAUCAGGCCCCGCACGCCCGCGCACGCGACGAUGAUCAAGCGCGCGUUCGUCGACCACAUCCCCGACUUCCAGCGCUACGAGCACGACAUCUCGCCCGAGGACAAGGCGUUCACCGACGCGCUGCGCGCCGAGGUCAAGAAGAGCCUCUGAUGGCGCGCUCCCCUCCUUCUCCGCCUCGUGUUUGUGGAUUCGUCCGUCUUGUUGGGCUUGGGGUUGUGGACUGUAACGAGUAUCUAACGCCAGGCACCCCCGCCGCUAUGGAGGGGUGUGCAUAGUACAUGUAUUAUCGCGUAACUUAUGCUAUAGACUGGGAAUGCAUAUACAUUACCACAC